CUGCCUGCGAGACUCCGAGAGCGGUGUGUGCCUGUGUGUGUGUGUGUGCUGGGGCAAAGCACAGAUGAUAAACAAAUACCAGAAGAGGUUAUUUUGCUCAUUGAAGGAGAAACCUUUGUCAUCUGAGACUCGGUAACAUCCAUGCAGCACGUAUGCUCCACAAGGCAUGGCAGAGAAACAGGACAAUGAGGUGGAGGAGGCUGAUCAGAUCUACCUGCUGAUGAAGGAGGAGUAUCGGAUCUCCAGGAAUGUACGUCUAGCAUGGUUCCUGGGUAAACUUAACCAAGUUAUCUGGCCCACCUCCAAACCUGAAUUGCUGAACUCAGGCAACGAACUGGAUUUGUUGAGCAUUCUUCCUAAAGGAUGGCGACAGGACUUUUCUCCUGCUACAUAUCCAUGUAUGUUGAUGCCCUCCACUCGUGCCACAUUCCUGGCCCGCAGGUACCGCUUUGUCAUCGAGCUGGACCUGAGUCCUUCCACAGGGAUUGUGGAUGACAGCACAGGAGCCAUGAUCUUUGAUGAGGUUUUUUAUGCCUUGUCCCGAUGUCUGGCUGGUCUGGCCCAACCAUUUAUUGUCCCUGGAACCGAUGAGCUUUUCAAGCCCAAGAUCUUCAUCACCAUUUUGGCGUAUUCAUCAAUCAUCGGCCUCUCAACUCACCAGGUCCUGGUCCAGGGCUGUCUGCUGGACAGAACUGACCUGAACAACUUCCUGCAUCGCAUCUAUCAGCAGCUCCGAGCUGUGGAGAGUAACAUCGCAGAAGUCCUGCAUCAGCAGCACCAACAGUAUGUGGAGCCAGUCCAGAACUCAGGUCUACAAAACAACACCAUAGACGGGUUGGCCUCCAGAAAACCGUUUUCCAUGGUGUCAGCUGACAUGGGUCUGGUCAGCAUGGUCCGUCAGGGCAUCCUGGCUCUGCAGCUGCUGCCUCCAAAUUCCAGCGCAGGCAUCAUCAUUAUAACUGAUGGAGUGACCAGUGUCCCUGAUGUGGCUGUGAACCAGCUCAGGAGUGGAACCAUCGCCUGCUCCUUUGUGCAGGUUGGAGGUGCGUACUCCUACGACUGCAGCUUUGGAUACAUCCCCAACGUGGAACUGAUGAAGUUCAUCUCAUUGGCCACGUUUGGCUCGUACCUGCCGAGCUGCCCUGAGGUAGACACCAGCAGCCAGGAGAUGAACGCCUACCACAAGGCCUUCUUGACCUAUUCCUUUCUUAAGACCCCGGAGUUGAUGAAUUCUGAGUACUACUGUGUUUCUCAACACAAACUGUUUAAUGAGCACCUGGUGUCAGCCAGUGGAAACCCAUCACUGGUCAUAAGGAGGAAGAAGCACACGGAGAAGGAGGUCCACGCUCAUCUGAUCAGUGUGGUGUCCGUGCGGUUACGAGAGGGCUACACCAUCAGAGAGAUCAGUCUCACCAAAGGUGGGACUCAGCUGGAGGUGAAACUGGUUCUCCUCUGGAAACACAACAUGCACAUAGAAUACCUGGCGGCUGCCGCCUGGCCGCUGGACCCUGCCAAGAGGACCACCAGGGUGGAGGUGACCAUGGAGGGGAGCUAUGACAUCCUGCAUGACAUCAGCUGCACUCAAAGGAAGCCCAUCACCAGCCCGUACCGCACUACUGUCAUCCGACGUUUCUGGAACACGCUGCAGAGCAUCAACCAGACCGACCAGAUGCUGGUUCACCUUCAGGCCUUCAACUCAAUUCCUGAGAACUACACAAUUCCUGAGAGCACCAAAAAUGGAGUUCCUCUCUUUUAUAUCCCGCCUGGCUCUACAACACCGGUCCUGUCCCUGCAGCACAGUGGAUCCAAAGACUCUCCACAAUCUCAGUUCGCCUCCUACUGGAAGCCCAUCCUCUCCAUGGAUGCAAACUUCUGGCAGAGAUGGCUACACAUGCAUCGCCUCACCGUCAUUCUGGAACAUGACCUGCCGGUGCCAAAACACCUGCACACAGCUGGAAAUAAUGGCCGUUACAGCACCAUCCAGUGUCGAAUCUCUCACUCUGCUCUCACGUCACUGCUGAAGGACUGGAGCAGCUUUGUGUUGGUGGAGGGCUACUCCUAUGUCAAACUCAUAUACAGUUCAUCUGACCAGCCCCCGACCUCCUUCUAUUUGGUCCGUCUCAUCUCCAAGACGCCCUGCAUGGUUCUGCGCCUGGGCUUCCCUAUCGGAACACCAGCCCAUGUCAGAAACAAGAUCGUGGACGAGCUCCGAGAUCAGAUCCUCAAACUGCGCUUCCCUCAUCGGGUUCAAAACAAAGAAGCCACUCCAAAAACCAAGAGGAAAUCUGUGGGCCACAUGUCUCCCACCAAAUCUCCUUCCAUCCCUGCGCCGAAACCUGCACUGUCUGAUAGACCCUGUGUGGUGGUCUUCAACAAGCCCCUGGAGAAGCUGCUUAUAAGGUAUGAGAAGCUCCCGCUGGACUUCAGGACUCCUUUCAUUUUAAACAUGGAGAACUUCAUGCAGCCCUCCAACAGCGCUUUCCCGCUCAGCGUGGCAGCCAAUCGAACUGCCUCCUCCACCCUGGCUGUUCUGUCCCGGUACUUCCUGCAUCAGCGGUGGGUGUGGGCUGUGCAGAACAGCCACGGACCAGCAGUGUCCAUGCAGGCUGUUGCUCACAUCCUCUCCAUGCUCUCUGACAUCCGGUUGUCAGAUGGCUUCCACUUUGCUGCUAGUGGUGAGGGCAUCGUAAACAUGGUGAUUGAGCUGCCAAUGAAGGCAACAUCAGGAGACACGGACAAAGAGAGUCACUCCUGCAUCGUUCAGUACAUCCUGUUCCCGCCUCACUCUACCUCAACAAAGGACAGCUUCUCCACCGAUGAUGACAACGACACUGAGGUGGAGGCUGUGGACGUGGACACGGAGACAAACCUCGUGACGGAGUGCUGGGUGGAACCACAGAGUGGCACAGUGAUGAACUACAUGGACCAGCAUCGUCACUUCCAGGGUCUGAGUUACCAGGAGAUCCCCCGAGCCAUCUUCCCCAGAGACCUGACCUGCAUGUCCACCAUGAUGACUUUUGAAUAUUUGAGCCAGUUGUGUCAGAACAGAGAUCAGGUCUGUUCACUACCAACAGGGCUGAAGGAAGUUAGAGGAGACGUCCUAGCUUCAGAGGACAACGUUUACAUGAUUCCUUUUCAGUUUGACCUCAUUCAGCUUCUUCCCAAAUGCCAGCAGGUGGAGCUGCUCUUCCUUACAUUCAGUUCAGGUGUGGAGACUGCUGAACAGACUUACAGCGCCCCCUGUCUGACCAACGAGCUCCUGCUCAGCCUCUUCCACAGCAGCCUGGAGCAGGACCUCAGUGACAGAGAGAUUCCUCUGGCUGACCGUGACCAUGCUGCCUUCAUGCACCACAUUUUAGCCCGGGAGCGGGAGGGUAACAUCGCCCCUUUUUCCUUACCCGUCAUCAAAGAGGAGUUUACUAAGACCCCAGAGAGACAGGACACCGUGACUUCAUUCCAUACCACUGGCAGCAGCAAAGAUGUGAUGGGAUCUACCAGCACUUUACAGAGUUUCAGUAAUGCAGACCUCGUGGAUGAAGAGCCUCUGCUGACAGACAGCAGCUGCUCCGUUCCACAGUGGAGAUGUUACGCCAAAUUCAUCAGCCCUCAGCAGAUCCUCCUCACCUUCCUGCCAGCGUCCUUUACAGAUGUUCUGAUGUUAAUGACCACAGGACUGGAGACGGAGCCUCAGAGUAACGUCAGCAUUCAGGAGGAAGACACUCUGACUCCCAGCAACAAGUCUCAGGUCGACACUUUAUCUGGUUCCACCAGUGGUCCAGAGAGGUCAGAGUGCAGUUUGGCCAGUAAACUGCAGAGGAAUCACUGUCCUAGCAGGUCUCCUGUGGUCUCACCCCAAUCUGAGAGUCACACCUGGUCUGCUGACUCACUGGUGCUGGACCAGGACAGUCUGGACCAGAGGGCAUCGGAGACGGACACGGCCACCCCUCUGUCAGAAGUUGGAGAGAAAGAAGUUCAGUUCUCUGAGCCCCAGGCUGCAGACUUCAGUUUUGGCCGACAGGUUUCCCAGCACAGCACCACGGACAGCAGCCAUUUGAAGUGUCCGGUCUACAUCUACAACUGCUCUCUGGAGCAUCUGAAGGAGCAGCUGGUCCAUCCGAACUCCAGCCGCCAGCCCAGGGACAUCUUCAGAGUUCAAGACGCUGAUUGGUGGGAGUUGUGUCAGCAGAUGAAGCCCAGGUCGGUGUCCCAGGACCGUAGCUGUCCGUCUCCCUGGGCGGAUCUCUCAGCUCAGCCUCACAAACAGAAGGAACUGGCCAACUACUGCGUCCUGCUGCAGGAGCAUUACCACCAGAGCUACGUCAAAGGUGUUUACCGCAGCCUGCAGCAGUCCUACAACAUCAGCUCUCAGGACGUGCUGACAGCCAUGGACUACUGUGAGGAAUCUCUGCAGGAGAUCGACGUCACGUCCUUCCUGCACACUCUCUGUGGACACAUCCGUCACUUCAGGGAACAUGGAUGUCCAAAGCCCACCAGGACUACUGCGACUUUUUCCAUCGGAGAGGCUGAGGAAGAUGAGCAACCAGAUGAUGGGGCUGCUGAGUCACUACAAUCUAGGGACUCCUUUGUUGAAGUUGCGGAUACCUCUGAAGCUGGGCCAAUCAGGAAGUCACCUGCUCAGGUGUCGUCGCCUGCUUUGGUGGAAUCCAAGUCAUCCAAGGUCCUAGAAUUCCCUCUAUCUCUCCUUCAGUCGCAGCCCAAAUGUGAGGUUUAUCCAGAGCUCCACAGGAUCAUACAGGAUAAAUUCAUGGAAAUACUUUCCCAGUACUUCAAAGCUGUGCCCUCAAAUCCUCACUACUUUUUCUACUGUCCACCUUCAUCUAAGAAGGAGGAGGACUCGGAGGAUGGUGAGACAGGCAGGAGACCCAGUGAGGUCUCAGAGGUAUCAGAAGCAGAGCAGGCGACAGAGGACGAAAUCAUUCCUGGCGGCUCUGCCACAGAGAGCGACACAGACUUGUCGGUGGAGUACGAGGAGCAUCUUGACCAUUCCUGCCCUGGAGAGGGUGACGACCAGUCUCUGUCAGACUCCAACACUGUCAACCAGGACCAAGACUCCUUCAGCAUCCUGGACGGAGACUCGCCGCUGCAGCACGAGGGCCCGGAGCUGGACAUGCCCCCUCUGUUUGUACACAUCACGUGUUCAGUAAACAUGAAGAUCAGCCACGGCUCCAUGCCCAUACAGACGCUGCCCACCUGCCUUGGGGAGAUCAUUUCCUGUCUGGAGAACACUGAGGAUUUGGACUCAGUGGAUUUGAAUGAGCUCUCAGUCACCUUAGAUAUUUUUGUUCUGACGUUGCCGCUGGAGAUUGAAGUCAUGGCUGAUUACCAUCACGACAGAUACACCUCAGAGAGCAGUGUGUCGUUGAACCGAUCUCCUGGACAGCCGUCGUCUUAUCGCUCUGAUGAGGAGAUGAUGGCAGUGCUGGGCAGUCUGAGGGGCGCUGGAGUCAAUGGAGUCUCUGGUGAUCCUUUGUCCAAACUCCCCCACCCUCACAAGUUUGCCAUCCUGGCCACGAUGGAUGAGAUCCGCUGGCUGCUGGAGGACGAGAUCAUCUCAGCCCUGCGUCACUCCCGCCUCAUCAGCUCCGUCACGCUGCAGAAAGUGGCAGAGCACGUGUUACGCUCCAGUGGUCGACCGCACUGUCACUGUGAAGACGUUCCACUGCAGUUUGUCUUUGGUCCUGAGCUGUCGCUGGAGAAGUUCAAAGAGGAGUUCCGCAGGACCUCCCUGUCUGGCUACGUCCUGAACGCUCAGCAGGACAACUUCUUCUACAUGUCCCUCAGCAGGCUGCACCCACAGAGGAUCCAGGCCGCAAAGAGGCUCUCUGAGAGCGUGGCAGAGGCUGCCACUAACGUCUCCACCUGCAGUCGGGUGGAGGAUGUGACGCUGGAGAAUGAAGCAGAGGCUCAGGCUGUGGAGGCAGACAUGGAGUAUGAAGACAAAAGGUCCAUCAGUGGUGCUGCUCCCCCUGCUCCUCCUGCAGCUGCCAGUGUCACAGCCACAGACAACUCUGAGACACCCAGAGCUCUAAGGUCUGAAGCAGAUGAGCUAUUUGAUUCAAGUUUGGUUGGAGACCGGGGUCAGGCUGGUGUCUCCCAGGUCCAGAGUGGUCCAGACACGGAGCAGAAAACUCCUCCUAAGACCCCGUCCAGUGUCAGUCUGGCCGAGUCCACACUCUCAGCGUCUCACAGUUGUGGAAAGCUCCGCCCCAGUCGAGUCCAGAGUGUGGUCUCCAGUCAGGGCAGCCUGGACUCAGACAUGCAGGGCUACGAUGGCGGCAGCAGCGACUCAGAGUGUGAGAGCCCCACUCUGGAUGAACAUGAGUGUCAGUCUCCACUGAUGCCAGAUUUCUGGAUCAUCAUUAAAAUCCACCAGGACAGAGUGAAGGUCUUCUCUCACUGCAGAUCCUUCACUAAAGAAGAAGACGUCGGCACAGAGGAGUUGGAGAAAAAGGAGGAAGAUCAGGAUCUGCCUGAAUAUUUACAGCUGCACCAGAGAAUGGUCAGGAAGAUCGGUGAAAUCUGCAGGGUCGUCAACCAGCGUAUGCUGUUGCAGGACCUCCAUGACAGCCAUGUGUGUAACUCCCUGCUGGUGGCUGAGAGCGAGGAAGAGAUUUGGAAGAACGAGUCUCUGUACAGACAGAGGCUCAACACCUCUGAUGAUUACAGCACAGAGGAGAGCUACCAGGCCAGAGACUACCUGGCUGCCACCAUGCAAUUCAUACCAGGACACUUCGCCUGUGACGCGGUGUGGAGCACAAUUAUCCACAUUCACCCACGACUCAAGAUCGGGCCCAACAUGGGCGUGCCCAGAGCCAUCCAGGCGCUGCGCUCAGUGCUGAACUCCUUCAGCGUGGUCAACAGGAAAAACAUGUUUGUUUACCAGGAGCGUACAACCAAAUCUGUCUUCUACCUCAGACUCUGUGAAACUUCAUUGAUGGGAAAAUACUGUGACGGGGAGAGGAGCCUCCCCGUUGCUCGCUCCAUGAGCCUCCUGAGGAGCCAGGAGCCGCUGCUCACAGAGGAACUUACUGGAUCCAGAGGUUCUCUGGAAGGCUCCAGACCUGUGGGCCAGGUUGACAAGCACAUCCUGCUCCUGGUGCAUGGAGUUGAAAAUGCAGGUCCAGAGAUCACAGAUGAGCUGGUGAAGGUUCUCCGGAAGCGUCUGGAUGAGACCACUUUAGACAUCAUUACUGUCAUGCUUGUCAGGAACUGCAAGCUGACACCAGCGGAUGUGGAGUUCAUCCAACCUUCUGAAUCUCCAGCCACUGAGGUCAUGAACUUCACUCUACCUUCCUACUGUCUCUCCUGUCUGCCUGCUGUGGCUCACUACCUCAGGCAGAACCUCCUCAUCUUCCUGCAUGUUCCCAAGUACACUGACAGCAACACCGCGCACCAUUUCAAGCACUACUUCCUCCUGAGCAGUGAUGUGGCUGAUGGUGACAUCUACCUCUACAAUAAACCCGGAGGCCAGGGGACGGGUGGCAAAGGUAUCGCCUGUGUCACCCUCUCGUUUGUGGAUGCUCAUGGUCGCCCUCUUCAGGGGUCAUCGCAGGACUUCGCCCCAAUGCCCAAACCAGAGAACACCUUUGGCCUCCUUCACUCUGACCAGUUUGAUGAGCUGACCAACGUAGUCAAAGUGGACUCCAUCCCUGUCAGCUCAGAACCAGCUCUCUAUGUGCGCUUUGACAUCUGGGAACAAGGCAACAUCAGCCCAUUGCAACUGAGCGAUAAACUGCAGGGGGCACUGCGCCACGCUCUCUGCGACAUAAUAAUGGAGCUCAGGAUGCUGCCUCAUCCUCUGUGUGUGGGUGUGCAGUGUCCAGCAACCAAGGCUCAGAAAGAAGAGGCUAAACAGGUCAUCGCCACAGCUCCUCUGAUUCCUUUGCCUGAGUUAAAGGAAGUGAAGGAAAGUCCCAGACAGCGCAGUGGCUCACGCGUGUAUAAAAGCAACCCCACUCCCAUCACCUUAACCCAAGCUUUUGGGAGCACACCCAUGGCUGGGGUCAGUACUCCAGAGUCCACCACACCUACAGGAAGGAGCACCCGCCGCAGCUUCUGGGACAUACUGAGUAAACAAGAUUCGUCAGAGCUGGGGAGCCCCAAGACCACUGACGACAUCGUGCAGGAGAAAGCAGAGGAGGGACGAACUGCUCGACGCAGGCACAAGACAGAGAACAUGAAGCAGCAGUGGAGCCAAGAGAGGGCAGUGACUGUGGAGCAGGAGCAGGCCCAGAGGAGGCAGUUGUCUCCUUUGGAGGAAGGUGAUGCAGGCACUUUACACCCUGUCUACCAGGUGGGCUGCCAGCUAUGGAUCACUUUUAUGGCCCAACUUGGCUGCCCCUCCAUUCAACAGUGCACGGCUGAAAUCGCCUCUCGCUUCCUGCUGUCGUCCAUCCUGACGGAGGUGGUCAAUUUGGUCAGCUCGCUGGCCAAUGACACGACAGUAAAGGUGUUUGAAAGAACUAGCUGCCCAACCUCUGGAGAUAUGUUCAUUCCAUUCACUCAUGGUCAGAACUUCAGUCGACCUGCAGACGUGAAGAGGAGCUUCAUCCUUAUCGGUCGCAACUUCAGUCAGUGGCUUUGUAACACAGAGCAGGACGACAGUUCAGAUGAGGAAGUCACCCCAGUGCUAAAUAGGUUCACACCUCAUAAGGGCUUUCAGCGCUUUGAGGCCCUGGAGCACAGUGAUUGGUUCAGUCCAAGCCAAGCCAGGGCUGGACUGGCUCCUCGCCAGAGGUUUCUAUUCAUCAGCAUCCUGGAGAAAAAGGUUUCUCUGUACAGCUAUAACUGGUCUGUGGAUCUCGGCACCUCCUUGAACCGCGAGCUGGUUCGACUCAUUAACUGGCAGAAUGCGAGGGCCCACGUUGUUCACUGCCUGCUAAACCAGAAGAUGGGUCUCUUCCACCACUUCUGCUUCUCCGACACACCUGUCCAUGAAAUCGACCCCAAGCAGGAUCCAAACUGCUUCCUGGGCCCAACCAUGGAACCCGAUGCAUUGCUGCGAAGUGCAGUUCCUCCUCUGCCCAGCAAAGAGCCGGGCAGGCUGGUGGCUGGUCGGAUUCUGGCCCCUCUUCACUUCCCGUCCGAGCUUCUGCCCUUUGAUGAGGCUCUGAGGGACAUAUGCACCAUCAGACCCCUGAUGGACGGUGACGUGGUGGCCAGACACGGAGGCCAACUGCUGGAGAUCAAAGCUGCUGAGAGAAGAGAGCUGGAGAAACAGAUGAAGAUAGAGAAUCUGUUUGUGACGUGGCAGCAGAGGUCAGCCCAGUCCAACAUGCCCAUCUCUGGGACAGAUCUGGAGACCCUGAAGCAGUCGUCCCGGCUGGUCCACUACUGUGCCACCCCUCUUCUCUUUGACCCUCUCUUUCGCAAGAAGAUCCAAGAAGAACAGGUGGCUCAGCCCCCAGUAAAGAAACGUCAUCGCUCCAGCGACUCCACAGCAUCAGGUCGGGACAGAAGCUACAGCACAGACUCGGCCGACAUGUUGCCCAGUCGACUGAAGGAGGAACCCUGGCUGCUGGAGAUCUGCAGUACCUUCCUGCAGCAGUACGUCCAGUACCUGCAGAGUAUGGGCUUCAUUUUAGUGCAGGUCCGGCCUCAGUCUCCAGCUCGAAGCAUUGCCCGAGCCCGGGCUGCCAUGCUGAACUCCAUGUCCUCUGAAGGAAGGAUGUCUUUUUCUUACGUGAAGCAGAAGAGUGAGGACAGCCCCAAGGCUGCAGCACCAGGCACCACUGCGUACCACCUACAGAGGGCGCUGCCAGGAGGGAUCGUGCUGAUGGAACUGGCUUUCCAGGGCUGUUACUUCUGUGUGAAGCAGUACGCUCUGGAGUGUUCCCGCAUUCCCAUGGGCCAAACAGUCAACUCCCAGGGCAACCUCCUCACCAAACCUCGUUGCAAGCCGUUUCCAGACGCCACACCAGUAUCUGACUGUGCGCUCUCCAUGCUCUUCACAGAGGAGUGUGACAAAGUGCGGGACCUGAUGCACGUCCACUCCUUCAGCUACGACUUCCACCUGAGAGUGGUUCACCAGUACCUGGUGGGCUGCCACAUGACGCUCCGACAGGGCUACCAGCUCACGGACUUCCUGGACGACUUUAUCUCCUAUCACCCGGACAUUCCCAAGUUUGGUCGCAAUCACGUAGUACAAGGGAGCUUCUCCAUCUCCACUGGCAUGAUAACAGCCCACCAGCUCUACAACUACAUCACAGACCACGCCAGCACUUACGGCAUGAAGCCGCUCCGCAUGUCCAAGACUGCACUGCCCACCGACAACAAGAAGGGAACGCCCGACCUGCACGAGUACGCCCUGGUGGCUCUGUGGAACAGUUCGGGCUCCUACAAAGAUCUGGAGGGCUUGCAUCACCACGAUGACUUUGACGUGUCUCUGGUGGUGUGCCAUAACGCAGCUCCAUUUGAGGAGCAGUCGGACGGAGAGAGACAUGUGCUGAGGUUGCGCUUCUUUGUGAUCAUGACCAGUCAGAGAGAACUCUUCCCUCGACUCACGGCUGACAUGCGUCGCUUCAGGAAGCUCCCACAGAUCCACCGUGACCCGGGUGAACUGGGGGGCCGCCUUCCGCCAGAAAGAGCAGAAGGAGCGGGUUCACGUACGAACGAGCAGGGCAUCUGGGAGGAAACGCCGUCUGAAGCUGCAGCCGCCUCGGCCCCAAGUGACGGGAACGAGUUCUACCCCCUGAGCAGAGGUGGAUCAGAAGCCCAGGGUCUGCUCUACCCCUCGCCUCUGUUCCCCCUCCUCAACAACGAGGUGGCGUCGGCCCACAGACAGAUCCAGGCCAGCGUGGAGCAGGCCAUGGGUCACUGCCGCAGGGACAACCUGUGGAGGAGGCUGUUCCACGGAGAGCACCUGGCUCUGGACAAACUGAAGCUGACCAAGCUGUCCUUCAGCGAGCUGGAGGAGCUGCUGGCUGCUGUGCAGAGUCGCUCGGUGGGAGAGAUCGACCCGCAGCUGGACUGUUUCCUUACCAUGGGUCCAGCCUGGUACCAGAGUCUGAUCAAGGCCCUGCUGCACCGCUCCCGCUUCCCUCAGAGCUGCAGACACUUUGACGACAGCAGAACCCAGUACCUGGCUGUUCUGAACCAGAAGUUCACCGACUGUUUCGUGUUGGUCUUCCUGGACACCCAAGCAGGAAAGACGAGUCUGAAGGUGGUGUUUCGGGAGCCGCUGCCCUUACAGCCCCAGGCUGGCAGCAGCCCCCCUCCCCAGCUGGUGUCCAUGUACCACCACCUGGAGUCUGUCAUCAACACGGCCUGCUACAACCUCUGGACUGGGCUGCUGUGACCACGGUCGGUGCUUCACGUUCCACGUGACCACACAGAAAUGUGGAGACAUGAAGACGAGAACAUGUUUGGAGAACGCUUCUCAGGAGUCUCACACCUACGGCCGCUGCUGUUGCUGUGAUGGAGCAGCAGCAGAACCGUAUGCUGAUGACACUCUACUUUACAUUACAACAUGAAGGGUUUUUACACUGAGUCAAAGACAAAAAAGAGCUUUAAUUUAAGAUGUUUUUAACUAAGCAUUCAUGUGAGUAUUACUGCAUCAUACAUCAGAAGUAGAACUUCCCCUCAAAUUAGUGGACCUGGUCUACGAGGAAGCAGUGAAUCUGUGUGCCGGUUCAUGUUGGACCAACUCUGAAGAAGAACCUGGUCUGAAGCUUUUGCUUCUGCAUUAGCCUUCAUUUUACUCUAAUUAGGAAUUCAAGUAUCUGAAUUGACCAAAUGUUCAAAUGUUCAAGACCUGAACCAGCGACUGAGACCAUGGACGUUUUUAGAGAUUUACAGACCAAAGAAACUCACUGUGAAGUCCAACAACCGCUACAGACAUUUUAGCACCAGACCAGAAUUAUCAUGGGGACAAGGUCACGCCUGAUUGGAUGAGUACACAACAUUCAGCUCUAGACUUCUGGUCUAGUCUGAUCUAGAUUUAUUUUUCUAGCAAUUUCCAACAACUAAUUCUUCUGGGUUCCUGAGGCAUUUCCAGGAAGUUUCUGGAACAGCACAAAUUCAGUUUAGUGCCAUCUAGUGUGUAUGGUGGUCAAACAAUACUACACAGUUCUACAGGUGAAGUGAACCAGGAUUCCUUCACACCACUGUCACUCUCUCAGCUCCAUCUUCUCAGAGUUGGUGCCGUCUGGUACUUCUGGAUCCCUCAGUGUUAGUAUAAGCCACGAGGUGUGUGUGACGGACAGACAGACGGACGGACAGACGGCCAUGAUUACAGCUCUCAGGCCUGCGACCCUCCGUCACCUCACUGCCACACCGUCUGUCCUGAAGUGCCUUCUGCCAUUGUGUGUGUGAUUCUUCUGUUCUUUAGAAUUUUCAAAGCGUCUGAAGCGAUACUGUUACCGUGCACCGAAACACACACACACACACACGUGCGCUGCAGUCAAAGUGCCUGAAUCAGUUUGGAUGAAUGUGACAAUUACAGCCUUUCACAGACGAGAAAAUGGGUCAUAUUAACUCUGUUGAUUUGCAUAAUAACAUGCCACAUGUCAUCAGCUCUGUGUGUGUUUUUUUCUCCACGGCCUGAUGAGUGUGACGGCGCGGCCACUGAUCACACAUCAGUUUACAGCAGGGCACACAGAGUCAGACCAGAAAGUACAAAAAAAAAAAUCAUAAAACAUUUGAUAAAUUUCCUUCAUUUAACUCUUUAAUGUCUGCCUGUUCCACUGGAACCAACGGUGUAAAUUAUGAAGUCAAACUGACAGAUACUGUGAUAUAAAUACACUGUACACAGCUCUAAUUGUAUAGCGUGUAUUAUGAAUGUACAGAAUACUUUAUACAGUAUGUGAGAAUAUCAAAUAAAACGGAAGGAAAAAUAUAA